GCCAUGUCCGCCUGUUGGUUAGGCCUCACCUCGCAGCUGCAGCGAGUCACCACGCCGGAGAUCGAGCAGCGCUUGCAACGCGUUUCGGGGCGCCCGCGAGCGGCGCAGCCCCGCCGUACGCCCGACUCGCCAGCGGCAGCAGGCGUCGACGCCACGCAGCCACGGCUAUGGCUAAACCUUAAGGAGUUGUCUGACAUCACCAUGGGCCCCUAGACUGCUGUCGAGUCAUGGACCACCAGCGGCGGGGCACCGUGCGCUCGAUGCACGGGGCCGGCCGGUCGCGGCGGCCCUCAUCAGCCGUGGACUCCAAGUACACGAGUAUGGACCGCUCGUGUGCCAUCAUCCUAAUGUACGGUAUCUACUUCUGCUAUGUGUUGGCCUGCUUCGGUGCCAUGCUGGCAGUGGCUGGCCUCAUGUUGCACAUCUCAAGUGAGCAGCCCGGUGCGCAUGACAAGGGCAAGAUCAUCGCAGGCACAGGCAUCGGCAUCUGUGCCGUGUGCUUCGUGAUUGCCUUCUACUGCCGCUCAGUGCGGCUGGACGAGCAGAUCAUGGAGACCAUCAAGGAGACAACAGAUGACCGCGAGUGGUCCGUCUUCAAGAACCCCAAGGCUGGCUGGUGGCACAUGCGCUAUGGGAUGGCCGACCAGAGCUCCAUCCGCUCCAGCGCCACCAUUCAGUGCAAUGUGCGGCCAGAUUCAGCCGCCUCCACUUCAUCAGUGGUAGUCUACUACCAGACCAAGGGGCACGAGACGACGCCCUCCGAGGCUAGUCCCAGCCACUCAAACAGGAUCAAGGGCAGCACGGACAGACUCUGAGUCACCGUGCACUCCUCGUGACGCUGGCUAGCAUGUUCCACGUGACUGAAACGCCACACAGCCUUGCAGCUGUCAGACUGCAGAUACUUUGGUCAAUGACCUCAGUAAUUUCCUCUGAAACGCCAAUCAUCGUAUUUAGCUUUUUUUUAGACAGGCAACUUUUGCAGUCACUGUCGAAAGUGAUCUGUACACAGUUUAGGUGCAUAAUUAGCUAGUUUUAUACGUGAGAGUGAAGGAAAAUCGAUUAAAAAAGAACUAGGUUUCUUUCUCCAUGACAACAUGUGUCGGUAUAACAUUGCAAUUCGUUUUGCAAAAUUUUUAUAAUCUUUACUAGCAGACGUGUUCAUCAAGCAUUAAAAGGGUGUACAUUAGAUUUCCACGACAAAUAUCCUCAGCAAUUAAAAUGGGUCAAGUUGCAAAAAAAGUCAGUCCCUUCAGCUAAGACCUAUGAGAACACAGGCAGCCUAUGAUCUGCAAGGCACUCUUAAUUCGCUUGAAUCACCCUAGAGUCACAUCAAUGUAAGUUGAUUCACACUUGUUACUUGAUUCAUUCUUGAUUCACACAUAGGUCACUUGAUCAAUUUUUCAUUCACAAGUCACUUGAUUCACACUUAAUUCACUUUAAUGUAAUUUACUCUUGAUUCACAUUAAUGUACAUUGAUUCUCUCUUGAUUCCCUUUAAUGUACAUUGACUCUCUCUUUAAUCACUUUGAUUCACACUUUAAUUUAUAUUCCUAAUCAUUUGGCAUCAUCACAUCUAUUUAACAUCAGAGUUUUGGUACCAUUCAUGUUCACACUGCCGCCGGACGUCGGAUUUUUCAACCAAUGAGCGAUAGUUCCUGUGAAAAACCAAUAUCCUAAGCACACAAGACACUCCUCACUGAUAGACGAGUGCUCUGGAGUAGUUUCUUAAACGGGUGGUUCACAGGCCUUCUCGCAGACGUGGCUUCCAAUGAGUAGGAAGUGUCAACAGAGUCUCACGAAGCCAAAAAAAUAGUGUUGUGCAAAAAAAAUAUUUGAAAAGCAAGUGAGACAAGUUUCUUGAUUUGAUGAUCAAAUUGCAGUGCCAACUGCCUCAAUAUGCAGUUACAAAUUGCAAUGUAGCAAACUCGCUCGACUCCCUCUUCUUUGAUGAUAAAGAAUUAACUAGCCCCGAGCAAAUGUAACCCAAAUGUCCUAUAUCAAGGCCAACUUUAGUGCAGGACUAAAACUUACCAGGCCUCCUUCCACAAAAUGACUGGUCCAUUCCAGUUCCAUAAGUUUCAUCUAACUUAAAAUGGUUUCUCGACCUUUGGAUCCUUAAGAGACUAUGAGGAAUCAGAUGGCCUUAAUAUUUAUGCAAGUCAGUGCUGGCCCUAGGCUACAAAUAACACAUCAGAAAGUUAACGCAAUCCUUAGUUUAACAUGAAAUAUUACUAAAGAAAGAUUGGACAUGAUAUACACUUUGCAGUGCACAAAACAAAAAUCCAACGCGGCCUGCAACCAUGGCACAUUUUUGAAUGAAACAAUGCAAAAUAUGGACCAUAGCGAGUGGCAAACAGUGCAACACGCAGUGAACAUGCUUGCUAUUCGCCUUGUCCAGUCUUUUGCACUGUUCCACUCAAAAAUAUACACAAGUCUACACUUACCCAUAUACCAUCUUUUAACAAGGUGGGUCAUUCAUCUAUAUUCAAAACAUUCAUCGGCAAGUUGAAGCAGCUUCUAGGCUGGUGAAUUACUGUGUAGCCAAACUUCAAACAAUUUUUUUUAAAUUCCCUUAGAGCACUGCAAAAAUGCAUGAUUACUCUUGAUAUGGCAAAUCGCCACUGCAGUUUCAGUUUAACGAAGUCUUCACGCAUGUGCGCUUUUGCGUGUUUUACCUCGAGACCAACAGAUGAGGUUUUGGUGAGACGACUAGUUUUCUUUUUCAUGCCCAAAGCCAAGUUACAUUUAUUGUGAGUUCUGAAUUGGCUAUAUUAAAAUACUAUAGCACAAUUAUUUGUGGCAGUCACAAGAAAUUGAGGUUCCAUGACAUAUUACUGCAUCAACAGGUGCCAAAUAAAAAAAAAGAGACAAUUUUUCUACCAAUACACCCUUAACCCCCAUAAAUCUGGGCAAAAUGUUUCUAGAGAACCCUGCAUCAUAAUACCUUACAAUUCAAGACACCAUAUCAUAAAAAUACUCAUUGUCGGAUUCAUAAUAAAGGUAUAACACCCGAUUACAUACUUUUAGUUACUUAAACAUGCGGCAUAACCUGCCUAUACCGAAUCACAAAAAAACAAUGGCUUUGCAGUUUCCAGAAUCUGCACUCUCAACAAUUUUUCUUACCCCCAAGGUAUCAAAAAGCAAUUGCCAUAUGGAAAUACUACGCAAAGUUGUAGGCAAGGCACUUGAGAGAAAAGUAAAACAUUCACUAUGGCCAGUAUCAAGUUAAACAACAGCGUGAAGCAAGACAUGGUAACAUGGUUUAAGGCAUGCUGGGAGAGCAACUUUUUAAGGCCGGCAUUUUAUGCACGUUUGUCCGUUGGAACCUUUGUGAUAAGAAAGACGCACCGUAAGAUUUUCCCUGACAUUGACUGCCCAAUUUGCAUCCCGCCGGGGCACUCUGCAGUCAGUUGACAGCAGGCUACUUAUCUAUGGUUCAGCUUUUGGUUACAGUUAAAGACUGGGUGACAGCGCUUGGCUAGAAAAACUAGUAUUGACAUCUUUAUGCACAAAACAACAUAAACAUCCAUGGCUAUCGAUUCCUUUACUGGUGUUAUUCAUUUCUGAAGAACUGAAUAAUUGAGGCAAGAGCAUUCUAGCAUACUAUAGAAUAGGGUUCCUGGCUCCACAUAUGCUCUUUGGGACGCAUCAUGUCUAUAUAAUCGGCACACAGCUGCUUAGUGGGUGAACAGGGUUACUUUUUUUCGUGUCCGACGCACUUGUGCAAAAUUUUUUUUUUAAUGCACUGUGAACAUUGUUUUAUUACUUAAGCUCACAUGACGUCACGCUUCAAGUCAUGACAAUGCAGUCCCCUGAUCACAAACCAACCUUUAUUGUGCUUCCUGCUCAUUUACAUCAUGUUAGCAGUGUUGGCAAGUCAUAAAACAUGACACAUUUUAUGACUUGCCAAAAGAUGCUUAGAAAUAUUUGACAUCAAAAAGCUUUAGUCUGCAAGUACAACUUUGUUAAAUCGAGGUCUAACUGAUCUUUUACUAAAACGCAAUAGAAUAGCUCCUUUUUGAAUGAAUCCAAAUAUUCUUGCUCCAGUACAUUAAAAAGAACAUUUAAACUUGAUUCAGCUGUGGCACAAGCAGCGAGACACCCUCGUGUAAAACCAUCAAGUCUCAGAAAUGAUGGUAACAAAAUUUUGUAUUGCUAAGGUAGGUUGACUGCCACUGUGGUAAAUACUGAAACCAGAUUGUUUCAUGUCACUCCUGGCGGCAGGAAAAUGCUGGCACAAAGAAUGGCUUUUUUUCCUCCCUAAGAAAAUGUC